CUCAAUAGAAAUUGAAAUCAUUAUAUCAUAUCAUAUAUACGCAUUCACAUGGACGUCCAUACGUAUUGUAUAAACACACACACAGAGCUCUCAACGGAAGCUAGCUACCAUUAUUAGCCACCGGCUCCGUCUGUUCUCUCUGAUUGUAAAAUGUUAGACGACUCUCGCAGGAAUUCGGAGGAGCUGAUUUCUGAAGGAUUGUACUCCAGCAAAAGUUCAAUGAGCAGCGACACUACUAUAAGCCAUUGCACCAGCUUCAGCCGGCUGUCGUUCGAGCUGCCAACGAGCUCGCCGGAGCAGCAGGCGGCGCUGAGGCCUCACCGAUCGUCGGACUCUUCAUUCCAAGCCAUACGCUUGAAAACGAACCUCAGUUUCCGUGACUUUAGCUUGGUGCGGCAGAUCGGAAGCGGAGACAUCGGCAGAGUUUACCUCUGCCGCCUCCGGGGAGCGGAGGACGAGGGACGGCUUUACGCUAUGAAAGUUGUGGAUAAUGAGGUAUUGAGUUUGAAGAAGAAGACUCAGAGGGCGGAGACUGAGAGGAAAAUCAUGCGGCUUUUAGACCACCCGUUUCUGCCCACUCUUUUUGCAGAAUUUGCGGCUUCCCAUUUCUCUUGUGUUGUGAUGGAGUACUGUUCCGGCGGCGAUUUGCAUUCACUUAGACAUAAGCAGCCUCAGAAACGCUUCUCUCUCGGCUCGGCUAGGUUUUACGCAGCUGAGGUUCUGGUAGCGUUGGAGUAUCUCCACAUGUUGGGAAUAAUCUACAGAGAUUUGAAACCCGAGAACGUGUUGGUCAGAUCCGACGGUCACAUUAUGCUCACCGACUUUGACCUCUCCCUCUGCUCCGACGCCGUCCCAGCCGUUGAAUCUCCUGAGUUCUCGCCAGACCCACUGCUCUCACACACAACAGCACGGUCCUCCAGCUCGCUCACCCCAUUCUCCUGCAUAUCUGAACGGCUCUUCCGGUCCAAGAAAAUCCAAACGCUCGCCGCGAACCGGCUCUUCGUGGCUGAACCUGUCACUGCCCGGUCAUGCUCAUUCGUAGGGACCCACGAGUACGUGGCACCGGAGGUGGCCUCCGGUAGGUCCCAUGGGAACGCUGUGGACUGGUGGGCCUUCGGAAUCUUUAUUUACGAGAUGAUAUACGGACGGACCCCUUUUGCUGGCGUAAACAACGAAGCUACGCUGCGUAACAUCGCGAAAAAGCCCCUGACGUUCCCUACUGGGACGCCAUGUAGCACGAGCGAAAUGCACGCGCGAGACUUGAUUUCCGGGUUGUUGAAUAAGGAUCCGGGUAGAAGGCUUGGGUCGAAGCGCGGGGCGGCGGACGUAAAAACCCACCCUUUUUUCAAGGGAUUGAAUUUCGCGCUGAUCCGGUCGGUUACGCCACCGGGGGUAGCGGGAAUCCGGAGACAGAGAACGGCAGCGACGCGUCAGCAGUCGGCACCGUUCAAUGUGUUCUGAUGGGUCACGUGGCAAACAGAGAUGCCGCAGAUUUUGGUAAUUAAGGUAGUAUAAUUACAGUAGAUAAGGAAAAAAAAUUGUAUAGAUAGUUGACGUAAAUGAUGCAGACGCCCAUAUGAUUAUGUUUGUUAUAACAGUUGAAUGCCAUCUUUCAUGGUAGAGAUGAUGAUGAUGAUGAUGAUGAUGAUGAGAGUUUAUGGUUGACUUGGUGGGUGGGUUUCAUGUACAUACAAAUUCCAUUACAGCCUAACAACGAACAUAUACAUGUAUAUGUGUGUAUGAAUUGUUGUUUCGUAGAUGAUGACUAUGAGAAUGCAAUUUAGAGGUCUAAAUUCGGUUUUAUUA